AUGUCCGACAUAUUGAUCGCUUGUUUGUUCCCUGCCAUGUUGCUCUAUCUAGGUCUUCGUCUGUCGGUCUUUGACAAAGCUUUUCUGCGUUCAAUCUGGUUCGAUUUUUUGGCGCUUUUCAAAUCUGGUCGUACUCCGAAUACCAAUUCUGGUAAUGGUCCAUUUUCCGUCCAAACCUCAUCAACGGCUUAUUCGAGGUAUCGGUCGCUGUCUCUGGACGAGCUCUCUCGCAUGCGAGCAUCGUAUACGCUGAUAGGAAGAACUCAUAAACACAUUGGAUACGAACUUGGGUACACAAAGAAAUUAAACAGACUGGCAGAGCUCAUUCAAGUGAAUGCUAAAGCAACCGAUGGUAUUGUCACGGUCAUGAGACGGAGAUAUGCCCAGGAGCUAUCUGUCUCGUCAGCGACAUUGUGGUCAGGCUUUCCUUCAACAGUCAGAGAAACAUCCAUUGACUCACAUAGCUUAUCUCGCAUUCGAGAAGCAUUAAAACAUUUUGUCCGAGAUUGGAGCGAUGCCGGGAGCUCAGAACGGUCCGUCAUUUUUCAACCUAUCCUCUCCGCCCUCUCAACACUACCGGCUCCGUCGCGCUCCCGGAAUCGGGUCCUUGUGCCCGGUUCAGGUCUCGGUCGCCUUGCAUAUGAGAUUUCUCAGCUUGGUUACGAUGUGACCGCUUGCGAGCUGUCUGCGUAUAUGAAUGGUGCUUUUCGUUUCCUUUUGGAUUCCGAAAUGACCACGACUAUCAAUCAGCACGAGAUUCAUCCGUAUGCGCAUUGGUGGAGUCAUUCUCGAAACACGGCCGAUCUAUUCAGAGGAAUACGCUUCCCAGAUGUCAUACCUCGCCUUGCGGAGGAAGGAACGGUUGGUUUGCAUCUUACGGAAGGAGAUUUUCUCGCGUUAAAAGCACCAAAACCAUUAGCUGGCUCGGAUUUGAGCAGGGCAAACGGCUACGACUUCAUCGUCACACUAUUCUUCAUCGACACCUCCGUCAACAUUCUCUCCACUCUGGAACAAAUCCACAAAUUGUUGAAACCAGGCGGGACAUGGGUGAAUCUAGGUCCACUCUUGUGGUGCUCUAGUGCACAAGCGCGGUUGGAGCUGACAUUGGAGGAAUUGUUUGAUGCCAUGGAGGCUGUAGGCUUUGCCGUUGCUGGAGGAAGAGAUGGGAACGACGACGAUGAACCGGAUUGUAUGAAACGACGCACGAUUCCAUGCGAGUAUACGCAUGACGACAAAGCUAUGAUGAGGUGGAUCUACGAAGCCGAGUUUUGGGUGGCCAGGAAGGUCUGA